GCUUUACACACACCGCGUUCCCAUUAUCAAAGAAAAACAAGGAAAACGUGGUAAGCCGGCUGAAGAGAAACACACCGGUCACGUGGUUUCAGAAGGAAGCAACACCGUAUACCGACAAUCGACACAACUGGACCAGUCGACAACUAGCCACAGGAAAAUACGGAGAACCACCGUUUUAAAGAUAGUCGCGUUAAACAUUGUGAAAAUAAGUCUGGUCGAAAAGAGCAGCGGGACGAGACUGAAAAUAGCCGUUCCCAUCGAGUUCGUGGAGGCGCGAAUCGCAGGUGCGAUAGAUGUAGCGCGAAGGAAAACGAAGAAAUAAGGGAAUAAGAGAACAAGAGUGCGAGCGAGUAAGCAAACACGACCCGACACGAAUAGUAGGGUAGCAGUGGCGUCGCUGGUACAACUUAGCAGUGGUGGUGGAUUCGAGCAGCCUAAGAAACAACACGAAUCGUUCAACGCGGCAUUUAGGCUUUGACCAUUCUCUCUAAAGUCACACGAGAGGGUAGUUGUGUAUUCACCGAAAAAAAAGGAGAAAGGUGGAGAAGAAAGCAAAAGUCGCGCGCGCACAUUCGGGCUACUCGAAAAAAAAAAAAAAACAGGCCGAGUGGCACGUUUCGAUCGAUAUCAAAAGUCGUACCGCAUCGAGGUAACGAUUUGGUUACUUCUCGAACGACAUCGCUGAUACGACACACACGAUAAACUGUACGAGUAUCUUUCUAUACGAUUCACGAGAAAUCGCAAAAGAACUGAUAGAAGAAAGUCCGGUUUCCCGUCACGACCCAAGUGACGAAACAACAGCUGACAGGACAGCAAGGUUCGGGGUGCGCCGGCAAAAUGUCCAAUUCCAGAGACAGAAGACAGAUGAUGCAGCCAUGGCCUCUGUGCCUAGUGCCAUUUUCGAAAACGAAGGAGCGAAGCAUCGUUCCGAAAUACUACACGAGGGUGCCCUCGGUGGCGAGGUCGACCACCACCAAUUCGGGCAUCAACCUAGACUGCGCGUCAAACGCAACCCUCGUGACAAACGUCAGCCCGUUCAACAGCCAGACCGCCCUGAUCGCGGAGAAGAAGGUGCUCUCUGCCGGGAACGCAACCGCCCUCACCACUAACCAUUAUUAUGAAGAAAACCUGAGGAAUAACCAUCAGAAGGCCCUGAACGGGUCCCACAUAUACAACCCCCUAGACAAAGAUCACGAUCACGACUACAAACAGCUCGAUCCGUUGCUCAACUCGGAAUCCUCGUACGCGGGGAUAGUGGGGAACAAACGGAAAAUGAGUUCGCAGGAUAUCAAAAUGAAGGAAUCGGCGGUGGGUUCCGGAAAACUACAUGGAACCUUGCAAGGACCAAAGGAGUCUAAACCUUCACUCAUGCGUUUUACCAGUCAGGUACUGGCAGCCUUAUCAGUGUCGCUGGGCUCGAUGGUGGUCGGUUACGCGAGUUCCUACACCUCGCCGGGUCUAGUUUCCAUGCAGAACAAUGCCACGACCUCGUUCGAGGUUACUAAGGAAACUGGUAUGUGGAUCGGAUCGAUCAUGCCUUUGAGCGCGCUUUUCGGAGGCAUCUUCGGGGGUCCGUGCAUCGAAUAUCUGGGCAGAAGGAACACGAUAGUGGGCACAGCGGUGCCCUUCAUCGCAGCCUGGCUAUUGAUCGCGCUGGCGACCAACGUCGCGAUGAUUCUAGUUGGUCGAGCCCUUUGCGGGUUCUGCGUCGGUAUCGCGUCCCUUUCGUUACCGGUCUACCUAGGCGAGACGAUACAGCCGGAGGUUCGAGGAACCCUUGGAUUACUUCCAACCGCCUUUGGUAACACCGGAAUCUUGAUCUGCUUCGUGGCCGGGAUGUAUCUGGAUUGGAGGAAUCUCGCGUUGUUGGGCGCUAGUCUGCCGAUACCGUUCAUGAUUCUCAUGUUCACGAUCCCCGAGACCCCGAGGUGGUACAUUUCCAAAGGGAAAACGAAAAGGGCGAGAAAAUCGCUGCAGUGGCUGCGGGGCCAGGGAACCGACAUUACCGACGAACUAACCGCCGUCGAGAAGUUACACGUUGACAGCGAACGAAACGUAUCGCAGGGUGCGUUCAUGGAACUCUUCAAGAAGAACCACCUGAAGCCGCUCCUCAUUUCCCUUGGUCUGAUGUUUUUCCAACAACUAUCAGGAAUUAACGCGGUCAUAUUCUAUACCGUACAAAUCUUUAAGGACGCCGGAAGCAGCAUCGACUCGAACAUAUCAACCAUCAUCGUGGGUGUGGUGAACUUCAUCUCGACGUUCGCCGCUGCAUCCGUGAUAGACAAACUUGGCAGGAAGAUGUUGCUCUACAUAAGCGCUGUAUCGAUGUGUAUCACAUUGUUCACGUUUGGUACGUUCUUCUACAUGAAAGAGAACGGUUCGGACAUGUCGGAGUUCGGUUGGAUACCGUUAGCGAGUCUGAUCAUUUACGUGAUCGGAUUUUCCUUGGGAUUCGGCCCGAUCCCGUGGCUAAUGAUGGGCGAGAUCCUGCCGGUUAAGAUCCGCGGUUCCGCUGCCAGUGUCGCGACUGCCUUCAACUGGUCGUGCACGUUCGUCGUGACGAAAACGUACGAGGAUCUAGUGUCGGAGAUCGGGGCGCACGGUGCGUUCUGGCUGUUCGGCACGAUCGUCCUGAUCGGCUUCGUUUUCGUCAUCACCUGCGUGCCGGAAACGCGCGGCAGAUCUCUCGAAGAGAUUGAAAAGAGAUUCACCGGUCCGGUGAGAAGAAUGAGCGCGAUCGCGAACAUAAAGCCUACGCCGAUGGGCUGUUAACGAAUCUUAUAAUUUCGAAUAGCUAGCCAAUCAAUCAAUUCGUUCGUUCGUUCGAUAGGAAAUCUCCUCCACAUCGCGUCGUUCCGCGCUACGAAACGAAUAAUUCGUAUAGUUCCUUCCUACUAUUCAUAAGAACGAUCUUGAUUAGACAUCGUGCGUAACUGUUAUUUUUGUUAUUCGAUAGUUUUACAGGGUCUACCUCAAGUUAGUACUUUUACUAAUGGUAUACGAGUAGGUUUAAACGACAAGUGCAAAUUAUUUAAUUAGUAUACGUGUGCGUACUUAUACGCGGAUACGAGAACGAGAUAAGUAACCUGAUCUUUGGUAAAAGAACAAAUGGUUCUUCACUAUCGCGACAAUAAAUUCCAGCACGCGACCAUCUCGGCAUCGAGUUUGUACAUAGUUAUAUCGAUCUGCGUUAGCAAACAGUUGCAUCAUCUACCGUCGAAUUAAAUCGUAAGUUAUAGUUGAGAAACAGAGAGAUAAAAAUAAUACGCGUCUAUUUUUUAAUCGUCGAAAUCGUUGUCGGUUAGCGAGAUGACGCGACGAAGAACACAGCGAAGAAAUACACGAAUAGCGCAAGCCGCGAAUUCGUGAAACACGCCCCCGAUACCUUGUUUUGUAUUUCGCGCCUUUUUAUUACUCGAAAGUACCGUUUCGAGAGAGAGAGAGAGAGACGCGAAACAUUUAGACCCCUAGGGACCUCUACGGUCGAUUUGAAUCUCGAUUCCACGCGCCACGCCUUUCCUCUAUUCAUUCUCUUAUUUCGAUUUUCUCUGUCGCCUUCUAUCUGCAACCGAAUAUACCGGGGGUGCGUACCACCCUCAUCGGGCGAACGAGAAAAUACCUUUUUAUAUCGUCGCGAUACCAUUACGAAUCUAUGUACUACGACGAAAGAAGAACAACGUCACGAAACAUUCCUGUAAUAGUACGGUUUAACGUACGAUCUCGGCUAAUGAUAUCGCGAGGAAUAAACGCCAUUUUGGACGCGUUACUCACAUUUCAUCUGUACAAUUUAAGUUUUUACCUUUGUUGUAAAAAGAAAAAUGCGUCGUUAUUCGUACUUAUUUGACAAACAUUUCUACUGUGUGCCACUGGGGCGUAAGGUGCUUGCCAAAUUUCUGGAGAAUUCAAUGGAUAUAUCUUUGAAGUUGUGUACUAAUCGCGUUAAGUUUGUAUGUAAAUUUGUAAGUUAUUAAAACAUAAUGUUUGA